GAUCACCGAUCGCAGCUGACCGGCUUGAUCGAAGGAAGCGGCUUGUGUGUAAACAACAGCUGUGUUGUGUUGUUGACGUACGUCUGUGACACGUUUAUGAACUUCAACCUGAGACAACCAUGUCCCCAUCAAUACGCCAGCGUAAUCAUGCCCAUAGUCGCAAGGAUAUUAAAAAAAUAAGUGGACGAAAAUCAUCAGGAAAUUCCAGGCGAGAAGAAUAUAAUCCUGCGCCAAGUCCGUCUGAUAUGGGUAUUGUGUAUCCAAGUGGCGAAACCGCAUUUAAGGCACUACUUUCUGCAAGAUUUUGUGCAGCAAUUUGGAGCCACAUUUCUGACUGCGACGAAACAUACAACUACUGGGAACCAAGCCACUACCUCCUAUUUGGGAAAGGAUUUCAAACCUGGGAGUAUAGUCCAAACUAUGCUCUCCGCUCAUACAUGUAUCUUCUCCUCCAUGUGGUACCUGCAUGGCUGUACCAUCGUUUACUGCAGCCAAAUAGGCUCUUGAUCUUUUACUUCACAAGAUGCCUUUUGGGACUCUUGUGUGCCUUUUGUGAAGUUUACUUUUACAAGAGCGUUUGCCGUGAAUUUGGAGUCCAGAUUGGUCGUCUUAUGUUGGCAUUUAUGAUAUUUAGUGCAGGAAUGUUUAUUUCUAGCACAGCAUUCCUGCCCUCUACCUUUUCAAUGUAUAUGACUAUGGUCUCUCUUGGUGCAUGGUAUCAAAGGAAGUAUGAACUAGCCAUUUUUGCUACAGCAAUCUCCUCAUUUAUAAGCUGGCCAUUUGCAGGGCUGCUAGGUGUUCCCAUUGCACUGGACAUUGUUUUCCGGCGAAAAGAUGUCGUGAAAUUCAUACAGUGGAGUGGAAUAUCCGUUGCAGUUAUUUUGCUUCCAAUGGUGAAAACAGACUCUUCAUAUUUUGGUCGACUUGUUAUUGCUCCAUACAACAUUGUUCACUACAAUAUAUUCACAAAUCAUGGACCCAAUCUGUAUGGCACAGAGCCAUUUUCAUUUUACUUUGUUAAUGGAUUCCUGAACUUCAACUUUGUGUUCUUAGCAGCUUUAUUCUCUCCUCUUUUUCUGCUUUUGGUGUCUUGGCUUGUUCCAUCAAAGCCUCGAAAUCCAGGUUGCUUGCCUUUCUGGUUGUCUCUUAUGCCCAUGUUCAUAUGGAUGGUUGUGUUCUUUGCACAACCUCACAAGGAGGAACGAUUUUUGUUCCCUGUUUAUCCACUUAUUUGCCUUAAUGGAGCAAUAACUGUUGAUGCACUGCAGAAACUUUGGUUUCGGUUCUUUGUGGAAGAUGGAGAAAAGGCAUCACAUUAUCUGAAUCACACAGUGCCAAUAAUGGUGGCAGCAAUAGCUGUUUGCUCACUGUUUGGGAUUUCAAGGAUAUUUGCACUAUACAAUGGUUACCACGCACCCAUAGAUAUUUUCUUGGAGCUGAAUAGUCUCAAUGCAGAAAAAAGGAUUCCUUCUGACACUAUCAUAAAUGUUUGUGUUGGAAAGGAGUGGUAUCGUUACCCAUCCAGCUUCUUUCUGCCAGACAAUAACUGGAAUUUGCAGUUCCUGAAAUCUGAAUUUAGAGGCCAGCUGCCAAAACCAUACAGCAGUGCUCACAAUGCAACAUCCAUAAUACCUGAAUUUAUGAAUGAUAUGAAUAAAGAAGAACCAUCAAGAUAUUUUGACAUUGAAAACUGUCAUUUCUUAUUUGACUUGGAUCUGGAAGGACGUGAGACACCAAAAGAAUCCAAUUAUUCACAUCAGAAAGAUUACUGGGUGGUUAUCAAGUCAAUACCAUUUUUGGAUGUGGAGAGGUCGCACAGAUUUUUCAGAGCUUUCUAUAUACCUGGGCUGUCAGAGAGGUUUUGUACCUAUGCACCUUAUAAUCUCCUGAGGUCCACAAAAUUUGAAUUAAGGGAGGAAGAGAAUGGAGUUAACAGAUAGAACAUGUAAUCAUACAGUGAAAGAGAGGUUGAACAUUAUAUAAACCUCCAUUGAUACAGAAUACAAGUAAAUGACAGGUGAACCCUUUCUAUCUA